GGCUUUAGCUUAUAAGCUCGAUACCUGCACCAGCACACACCUAAUCCUACCUCUGAAUAAAAUCACUCCACAGCUCAAAAACACACCAUAUCACCUCUCACAAUUCACAAGCAAAACCACAGAGUAGCCAUGGCGACGACUUCAUCGUGUUACACGUCUCCGUUCCACACCGGAGCCUUUUCGAAACAACAAUCCAUUCUACCUUCUUCCACCUCUCUCCUCACCUGCUCCACCAGACGCUCACCUAUCUCUCUCAGGUCGAUAUCACGGCCGGUGGUAGUUGCGGCAGCCGCCAACGCCGUUGAAGCUGAGAAACCGGCCGUCGCGAUAACUCCUUCGAAGAUUCUCCCGUUCCGAGUCGGCCACGGGUUUGAUCUUCAUAGAUUGGAACCUGGAUACCCUCUCAUCAUCGGAGGCAUUGAUAUUCCUCAUGACAGAGGUUGCGAAGCGCACUCCGAUGGUGAUGUGCUGUUGCAUUGCGUUGUUGAUGCAAUCUUGGGUGCUUUGGGUCUACCUGACAUUGGACAGAUCUUUCCAGACUCGGAUCCUAAAUGGAAAGGAGCAGCCUCAUCCGUUUUCAUCAAAGAAGCUGUGAGAUUGAUGGAUGAGGCUGGUUAUGAGCUAGGAAACUUAGAUGCGACUUUGAUACUUCAAAGACCAAAAUUAAGCCCUCAUAAAGAGGCAAUUCGAGCCAAUUUGUCUUUGCUUCUAGGUGCGGACCCUACUGUUGUGAACCUCAAAGCUAAAACACAUGAGAAGGUAGACAGUCUUGGAGAAAAUAGAAGUAUUGCAGCUCAUACUGUUGUGCUUUUAAUGAAGAAGUAAGAAAAGAAUAACCUCAAUAUACAUAUUUUGUGUCAUUUAAUCAAAGGUUUUUAAUUUAUGUAUACAAAAGUAGUGAAUCUAGCUUUCCUGUUUCUUUUAUAAUGCAUAUUUAAUUCUCUGCACAAAGAUAUAUACCAAUGG